GAUGAGACUAGGCAGCCUAGUUCGGGUGUGGUACACAGACGAUGAUGUGUGGCACGAGCGACUGGUCUUGCUCCGUGGUGGCGGGAAGGACGAGUACUGGGUGGUCACUCCAGACCAGGACUUGUAUGAGGAGAACCUUGGGGGUGAUGCUGAGGAUGGCCCUCAGCGAGUGCGAGUGGUGCCUUAUGGGACUAGAACCAGGUAUACCAGGCCCGUCUACAAGUUCAAGGAGGAGGUCACCGCCGAGUUUUUGGAGGAGAAGAUCCUGCAGGCUUGGCGCGAGCAUGAGUCCGCCUACGGUGGCCCGCCCUUGGAUGACGAGGUUGUUGUGUUCCCCGAUGGCUCCAACAGAUCUCUGUUCGCUAUUGGUCCGAGAAGGCGCCUCAGAAGGAAGAGUCAUGCUGAGCAACUUCCGCGAGGUGCCGCGGCGCAGGGAGAUGCAGCUCCUGCCGGCCAUGGGCAUGAAAAGCUGGAGAGUGACUUUGAUAGCUGGGUGGUCGUGUACAGUACACGGGAAAGCCUUCUUGGUACUCAGGUCUCGCCCUCGCAGGAUGUCCCCCUGGUCCGGCCACGCGUCCAUGUGGAGUCAAAAGGGGAGAGAGAUGUUCGAGUCCUCCCGGUCCUGUUUGAUACAGCAGAGGAACGAUGGCGAACCUUGAGCGAAGCGCUCCCAGACUUUGAGGAGGUUGAUUUUGAAGAUUUUCCUCUCCAAGGGCCUCGGACCAUGUAUCGAGAUGCAAGACAGCUGAGACGACUGGGGAUGAGCUUCGUCCAACACCAUGAGUCGUGGUUGAAGAAGAGCGGCGUCCGUGUUGCUGAUCGUUCCGUUUUUGAACAUGCUUCGCUAUGCCGAGUCUUGGACUAUAUGGCGUCUUAUGACCAACUCAACUUGCCUGCACUUGCCUCAGCCGAAGCCUUAAACAGACGCCGUUCAUUGAUUGAAGUGGCGCAUCAGGGGAGGCCAGAAGCCCCCUCUUACGAGGCCGCUGAGGAGAUUAUGGGCAUCAGGGAGUCGGUGGAUGGCAGCGUAGUCGACCCGGCAUUGACACAGCACGCUGCGAGAAGGCAAGCGGCAAAGGCGGAGGUGAUGAAGCAAACCAGGCUCGCCGCUGAGGAGCGAAAGCAUCUCAGGCAAAGAGGAGAUGAGGAGGAGCGGCCGCCGAAGGGAGGCGGUAAGAACAAGGACAAAACCAAAGGGAUUUCUCCCCAGGCAGCGCUUCGGCAGCUGCUGGCGAAGAAGGCGGGUUCGUCUUAUGGUGACGUCCUGCCGGGGCAGAUAGCUAGCUACGUCAGAGAGCGACUUUCACUUCCCCGGGAUCAGUUGGAGCCAGUGUCGUUGGAUGAGCUGUUGCCUGAGGUGGAGGGACGGCAGCUUAGGGACUUCCGUUCCGAGAUGAUGCUGAGUGAUGAAGAGAUUGCCGGGGUCUUGGAGAAGGGGCUAGAAAAUGAUAGGUACAUGGAUCCGCAACUUGAGGGUGGAGGUAAGAAGUACCAUAGCUUCAUUGCGGAUUUGGUGCGCAGCAAGUUGGUUGACUUCACCGUUCGUCCGCGAGUUCAGGUUGGGGCUUUCGUGGUGACAAAGAAGGGCGAGAAGCAGCGACUUAUCGUGGAUGCAAGAAGGACCAACAAGCUUUUUCGCACUCCUCCUAGUACCCAGCUUGGUUCCAUGGAUAGCUGGGCCAGGAUCGAAUGCGAGAGUGGCUCCGAGCUCUUCAUGGCCCAGGAGGAUGUCCGAGACUAUUUCUACCGCCUCCGCAUUGAUAAAGAGCUUGGAGAAUACUUUUGUUUCCCAAAGAUUGACCCUGUCUUGCUGAAGGAGCAGUUGGGGUACAUGCCGGACGCAGUGAUUAAGCUUCUUGAUGACAGCCAGGCUGAUAUACAUCCACACAUGUCCGUUUUGCCGAUGGGAUUCAGCUGGGCAUUUCAUUUGGCACACAUGGCUCAUGCUGAGUUAUCUACCCGGACGCUUCCCACGGCAAGAGUUGUGCAAGACAGGCGGCCGGCUCCCAUGAUGGGAAACUCCGUGGAUGGAUGCCGACAGGCCGUUCUCAUAUAUGCAGACAACUGCAAUCAUUUGGGGAUCGAUCGGGAUAGUGUUUUGAACGACCAGCGUGCGACCUCGACCAGGCUCUUUUGGCUUGCAGUGGGCGGAGUGCUAUGCGUCAAGAACACGGCUAUGGCCUUCGGUUAUUCGGGAAAUCGAGCUGUUCAGGUGCGGAUUGGGGCAGAGGACGAGCGAUGGAGAUUCUACCGUACGCCGGGGUCCAAGGUAGCACCGAGGGCUAUGGCUUUGAGAUCGAUGGACGUGUUCGAGGAUGUAGAGACAGUUUUGCCCGCGGCAGAGGGUGAAGUGUUUGGAGACGUGGCAGUUGCUGAGAACUUUCCUGAGGUGCCACCUGAGCUACUUGAUCAAGAGGAGUGGCGCCUUCUUUGGCGAGCUCCUUUCCAACGCAAGGAGCCUGUGCACCUUUUGGAGUGUCGUAGCAUCCUGGCCACCAUGAAGCAUAUCACAAGGGAUUCCCGUGGUCAUGGCAAGAGAGUGUUAGUGCUAAAUGACAACAUGGGCGUGGUGCUGGCACUCAUGAAGGGACGGCCCCCGCCAAAGAGGAAGGUGGAAGUGCUCACGUUGGAGGAGGUCAGAAAGGCGAACCAACGGUGCCGGAGUCCUCAUCCUUUGGACGAGGAGGAGAGGACCACUCGGAGCCGCAGCAGGUCCCGCCUUCGAGAGCGACAGGCACGAGUGGCCGUGCCAACCGAUCUUCGCGCCGUCCUGAAGGCUCAGGAGAAGUGGAGAAACCGGGCACGAGCUCGGGAGAGAAAAUAUGGCAAGAAGAUGAGGGCCAGCUUAGGGCUCAAGACUGUCCUGGAGCUGGGCAGUGUGAAAGAGACCACGAGGAAAGACUACGAGAAGAAGCUGAACCUGUUCUAUGACUUUGUGGCCUUCCACGAGCUUCCCAUCGGGAAGGAAAACGACCUAGACGUGGCGCUGUCCGACUACGCCGACUUCCUGUACCUGAGUGGCGAAGACUCGAACUCUGGCCAGAAGUUGCAGGAGGGGGCUGGAGAAGGGUCCCUGAGACUUCCUCGCUUCAAGAGGUCCCUGAAGGGAUGGAGGCGUUUGGCCCCCGUACAGACGAGACUCCCCAUGAUAGAGUUCGUGAAGGGGGCUAUCUCUGGACUGCUAAUUUGGGCAGGCAAGAGGGACAUGGCCUUGUACAACGAGACCACGUUUUCCACCUACCUUCGUCCAGGAGAAGCCCUUCGCCUCAAGGCGGCGGAUUUCAUUGGGAGGAGCCACAAUCCCCAGGGGUAUCGGCAUGCCAUCCUGGUUUUGGCCCCUUUCGAGCGGGGAGAGUCAAGCAAGGCGGGGAUCUACGACGAGGUCAGCAUUUUGGACGACGAGAGAGCUUCUUUCUUGCCCCAGCUUUUGGAGGACCACGUCCGGGAGCGACUGCGGCAAGAUGGGGAGACGGCCAACAUGUGGACCUUCAGUGCCAAGGAGUUCUUGACGAGCUGGAGGAAGGCUGUGAAAGCAUUGUCUGUGGACGACUGUGCAAUCAGCCCCUACCAGAAUCGGCAUGGUGCCAGCCGGGACCACUUGCUCAAGCUGAGGACCGUGGCCUCCAUCCAGAGACGUGGAAGAUGGGCAGUGGACUCAAGCGCGAGGAUUUACGACAAGCCUGGGAGGCUGCAGCAGAUGGUGAGCAGGCAUGCGAAAUGGGCAGACUUUGGAGAAAGGGUCAGACUGAAUUUCCUUGCCUACUACCGCAGUGGUACUUGCCCGCUGCCGCAGGUCCUACGGGCCAAAGCCUCGCAAGCCUUUGCGGGAAAAACUUCCUGA